AUGAAAAGCCAAAAAGUGGAAAAACCAUGCCGUCGCCGCAAUAACUCUCGCCGGAAGCCUACAAUUUCAACUCCAACGGUAGAUAGAAUUAGCGACUUGCCGGAUUCAAUUCUAUGUCACAUUCUUUCUUUUAUUCCAACCAAACAAGUGGUCGCCACUAGCCUCCUCUCACCUAGGUGGAAGUCAAUAUGGCUCUCAGUCCUAACUCUCGACUUGGAGGACAAAACCUUCAAAGACUUUACUUCCUUCCAAAACUUCACAUUCAUAGCAAUAUUCUCACGAAACAUCACAUUGCCAAUUCUUUCAUUUCGCUUCAAAUGUAGCAACAACAAUUCUCUUGACUUUGAUUUCGUCGAUAAUUUUGCUUCCUUUGUAAUGCAAAGAGGGAUUGAAAACCUAAACAUCAGCACUUCUACUAAAUUACCCUCUAGCAUUCUUAAUUGUAAGACUCUUAAGGUUCUUGAAUUGGAAAACCUAAGAGUUGAAGAUUUUUCUCAUCAAAUGGAUCUUCCUCUUCUCGAAUCUCUCCAUUUGAACGAAGUCGAUUUCGAACAUCACGAAUAUCUUGUCAAACUUCUAUCAAGUUGUCCUAUUCUCGAAGAUUUGCAACUAAAAUGUAUACGGAUACCGGAUUUUCUUGUUGGAAAGGAAAAUUUUAAGUCCUUGCCUAGCUUGAAGAGUCUAUAUGUAGAAUUUAGCACCUAUGUAUCUUGGCCUAAUAGGUGGAGCUGGUUACUAGAAAUGCUUGAAUGUUGCUCUAAACUUCAACAUCUUACCAUUCAGGAUUCUGCAAAUGAAGACAAUUUGUACAACAAUUGGAAGGAACCACCAAAAGUUCCACAUUGUCUUUCAUCAGAGCUUAGAACAUAUUGCAUUAAAGAUUAUAACUACCACUUCUACUACAAAAAAAUUGAGCUUCAAUUUGCAAAAUAUAUUUUGCAUAAUUCAAAAGUAUUACAUACUAUGACAAUAUUGAAUAGCUCUCGCAUUGUAGAUAUGAAUGCAAGGCUCCAAAUGUUUAUUGAAUUAUCUUCAUCCACAUGGGACUCUUCAUAUUGUAAACUUUUAUUUGUUCCAUGA